UCGUGACCGGAAGGACGGUAAAAUCUCCAACGUAGUCUCCAUCCUGUUUGGUUUCUUAGAGACGAGGAUCAUGCUUCUUUUGUGGUUGUGGAUUUCGGCUUUGUUCCUCGUCGUUCCAGAGAUAUCGACGGACAGACAGCCGGAUCUUCAGUCAGGCAUUGGGAUGGAGCCGGACCACCAACCACGUCAGAAGAGGCGUCCUUCGGAGUCCGAAGAGAAUCGGCAGAUGGUGACUAUAGACCUCUCUGCUCUUAGACCCUCCCUACCUGGACUGGUACUUUAUAAGUACGGUGAUCUGGCACCUAAGUUGGUUCAGGUGGACAUAGCGGCUCUCAAUCCUCAGUUGCAGCCUCAUAUUAUCUGGCCACAGUUUGACCAGAUGGAGCUGAUAGACGACAGACCAUUCGAUUUCGGGAGCGUGGAUGCCAUUCCGUAUCUUGCCGACGAGGACUCUUUGAUGGCUCCGAAGCAUAGUCGAAUGGCUAAGAUGACGGCAGAGGAGCCCAGCUGGCCAGACAAUAAUGACAUCUAUGACUUCAUUCCAGACAAUGAUGACAUUCUAUCUCUGCGUGGAAGCCUGCCUUUGGCUGAAGAAGUAAUCGUGCCUCUCGACUGGGAGGAAGGGAAGACGAACAGGAACUCUGAGAAAAGAAACGUCUUCACGUCUAGAGGAUGGAUGGCAGGAGGGCAAAGAGACGCCGAGAGACACAGAGCCGAAAAAUCCAGAAAAGGUUCCGUGAGCCAUUUUAACGUGCACUACACCCCUUUCGGAGCAAUGAACUGGAUUCCAGGAAAAAGGAAACAAGAUAGAGAAACCGAGUCGGAAGACAAAAAAGAUGAAUCUGCUGACGAAAGUGGAAAUCCGGGAAAGAAGAAUGUAUUUGUGUCUAGUGGUUGGGGUCCAGGCGGCCGCCAUGCGACCGGACACCAGAGAAAGCCCAAAGGUGAUGAAAAAUCAGGAGCUAAUACAUCUACUCGAAUAUCCAGCAAAGAAUCCUGGUUAUUGCACAGACCAUACUGGAAUGUUCCACAUUUGUUUGGAAGCCAUUGGCAGUGAUGGAUGUCACAAAGAACUUAAACACUCUAAACUUGUUAAUGGUAAAUCAAAUAUGUGACUGUUAGUGCUAUAUUUUUGCAUUGGUGCUGUUUAUUCUCAACUAGAGAUCAACAAAUCUCAAAAUUGCCUUUAGAGUGAAAAUUCUAAAGUAAAAUGGAAGACAGAAGAACGAAAACUGGUGAUGAAAGGACAUUCAGCAACAUUAUUCUGUAUUCUUUUCCCUCCCAGUAACAUUACUAUUCGUUCGUUUUUGAAUAAAAAUCAUUUUUUAUGUUAGAAA